GUUUUCGCGCCGCGAACAUCGUAAAGGCCGACAGUCAGAAUCGAACUAUCACGCGUCUCGGUCCUCGGUCCGCUCCAACGUCGAACAAUGUUUUGGUGCCAUUACUCGUCUUUCGUGCGUCUCGCUUUCCCCAUAUGGCAUGAACUGCGCACGAUCGUGUAAUUGGUAUCGGUCAAUGUGUCGCAAAGUAGUUCAUCGGUCGGAAGUGCGUAUAAUGUGUGAUCGCUCACGCGUCUGAAGCAUGGCUAUCAUGCAAUCCUGUUGCUGCUGGCGGUCAGUGAGGAGAGGUAGCUUCGCAUGUGCUCUUUACACCGGGAUUUACUUUAUCCUAUUGGCUCUAACCACGGGUAAAGUGCUCCAGGGGGAGAGUCAAUAUCUGCGAGGGAAUCGCUCGCUACCAGAAUCCACUAGUUUCCUAGAACCGGACACCAUAUCCCCAACGACGGUACGAUUUAACGUGACGCUGCUUGUAUGCUCGUGUUGCGGUCUGAUUUGCUGCAUCCUGCUUCUCUAUGGUCUCUGCAAGGAUCGGCGUGUCUUUCUCAUACCCUGGAUUAUCGUUAUCGUCACGACCUGUGUUAUCGAUAUGGCGCAUUCCUUCUACUUGUUCAUCACUGCGUCCGCCUUUGAUCCGACGAAGGUGAUGCUGUACACGUUGAAUUUCUUUCUCCUCUGCCUGAACAUAUAUUCCGUGUUGUGCGUGAUCUCCCAGUAUCAAGAAUAUAUGGCUGGUCGAGGCACCGCCGCGGACGACUACGAAUACGGGGUCAGUAUUCUAAGAGUCUCUCAACGGAAACAGGAUCGGGAUAAGAGACGAAAAGUUCCAGCAGUGAGAUAUGCUGUUCAGCCGCCGACUACGACAGCCACGUCUUGUCUAAGCUCCCGAAGGACAGCGACAAACAACGAAACUAAAACGACCGCAACGCCGACGCAGAGUCCUACUGCUGGUCAGAACACCCUUUCCUCGGAGAAAAGUCCUGUUUCAGGACGACCGUCCAGGAAACACGUCCAGUUCCCUGACACGGCCUCUGACAGUCAGAAGGGAAAGUCUGAGGUUCCGCUCACGACGUCGGUACUUAAAAUGGAAGCAAAAAACGAACACGCGACACCGUCGUCCUCGUUGAAGCUCGAGGAGGCCACGAUCGAUCAGAUUCUUCUGUCUCGGAAAAAUAGCUGUAACCAAGACACCUGAAGUUCAGAGUCUAUUUAUACGAUCGGCAUGUGAACGAUAAUGACAGAAUGUUCCUCUUGCCAGAUAUUGCCGGUUCUCUUUGCUCUUGGAGAAAAUUUAUUCGGCUUGCGAAUGGUUCCACAUCGCCAAUAAAUAAUUUAUCCCUGAGUCGGUCUAUGAAAUAAGAAACCGACAGAUUGAACCUCAUCGCAAUUCGCUCAUAGCAACGAUCGUUACCUUUGCUCUGUCACUUUCGACUGACGGAAUCAUCUCUAUAUGUGAUUCUUUUUUUACGAUGUAUUUCAUCAAAUUGUCACAUUGUCUUUAGGAAACUCGAUUAAAAUUAUCAUAGAAGGGACACAUCGUCUCGCGAAAUGUCUGUAGCCGGUCUAUCGGAAAUGAUCGCCUUCAUUUCCCGCAACGUAGUAGAUCUAGAUACAUAUUAAGUUUUUUUUUUCUACUAUCGGCGGGAAUCGUGAAUGCAGAUGCAGAAUCAAAGACGAUCGAAUCGAAUGUAAGGGCAAAUAUUUGUACGAUUGUCGAUGAAUAUUGACAAUUUGUCGAUUCAGUAAUAGAAUUUUGCCGCCGCGAUAACGAACAUUGAUCUUCCAAUCGAAUAUUGACGCUCCUUACAGUUCUUCGACAUCUUUGUAUCUGCGAAAGAGUAUAACAGAAUAUUCUACGCGCGAAUAAAAUUGUACGACCAAUCUGAUCAAUCAGUAUUUUUGUAUUAUACAUCUUUGGAAAGAUUUGUAUUUUCGGGCCAAAAAGAAACUCCCUCUCGUUUUUUUUCUUUUCUUUUUUUAUUUACAAACGAAUUUUUGAAAAAUUGUUUACUUCGUUAUCGAAUACACGCUCGUUAAAACAUACUUGUUUCUUGGUUUCUAAUGAGGACGCUGCUCGAAACUCGCCCACUGUGAAAUAAAGUAUGUUUCUAGCCGAAUAUGAUAUUUGUCGAUUUGCAGACUGUUCGUACUCUCAAAUGUACAUAUUACUGUAAAUUACAAUAUGUGUUGCCGUACCUGUUAUAUAUAGAUUCCGUAAGGGACUUUUAAAAGGCUGUUCUGACAUUUUCAAUAAAUAAUUCAUGUGGUUUU